CUGAAGAAACUUCACCUCUCGGGCCACAACACAUCGACCAUGGAAAAACGAUGACAACUCAACUAACGGAGGGCAAUACCGUGUAUUGUGCUUCAUUUGAGUCACGUGACUCAGGAUCCAUUCGAAGGAGUGAAAGCUGUAUCUUACAUUCGCACGCUGGAGAAGAAACUGCAUUGGAUUUCGCCAGUGUGAAAAAUAUUGGUUUCGCAAUCGACACCUAUUCCCCACAAGGAACGGAUUUCGCUGGUGUUUCGAAUUCCAACCGCUAUAUAAUGUUGUGCAAUCAAGGCCCAUCUGGUGAUGGAGACCACGUAGCGUUCACAGCUGACGUCAAACGUUCAGCACUCGACCAGGAACACCUGUUUUCCGAGGAGGAGAUGGAACAGACACUGAAGUUUCAGGAACAGAUGUUCCUAGAACGGAUGAUCCAGAAAGACCAAGAGUGGUCGGAAAAGCACAAAAAAAUGCGACAACGCUUGGAGGUCCAAGACAGCGUCUUUCACGAGAUGUCGAAACAUUUUAAGGAGAUAUCCAGGAUAUGUGAUGAUGACGCGAAGGAGCGACAGCUCCUAAUAGCUGAUGUGACUAAACUCGUCAAAGAAAGGGACGAGUUGAUGGAAGACUUGAGAGGAGCUGAAGCUGCAUUUUCGGAAGUUCACAGGAGAAAUGAACGAGCGAAGGAUGCAAUUGGCAAAAUGAAAGAGAAUGAAACUAUGUUCGAGAUCCAAUUGACAGAAGUUCAGACAAUGUUGGAGAGAAGGAACAAUAUGCUGUGCACACUCAGGACCAAAGUUGAGGAAUCCACUGAAACGGCAAACAAAGAAAUCGAGAGUUCCAGAAAACUAAUGGACGCAGAAAACACUGUGCUGAAGGCUCAGCUGAACAAAGCUGAGAUGAAGAUCAACAGCCUGAAGAAACAUCUAGAGCAGAAGACUGAAGAGAACUCCCAGCUGACACAGAUGUACGAUGACCUGCUCUGCAAGAUUCAGCACAACUGAACUCCGCUCCUGGUCUUCCACUUCUGCAAGGCAUGAGACAGUUGCUGACUUUUUGUGUCUCGACAAACAGUUCUAUUAUUUUAUUCUAUGGUUUUAUUUAUUGGACAUUUUGGGGCUUAUGUGUGUGUUUAUUAAAAUAUUUGGUAUACGUCUCGCCUAGAGUUGUACCUCGAAUUGCAACUACAUUAUCAAAAAAAGCUGUGCAAGUGACGCUGAGCGAUAGAAGCAAUUUGUAAGAUUAUUGUCGAUAUGCUACAUGGAUGAAAAUUAUUUAGAAUACUUAACAGGAGAAAGGCAGUGGCGUAGACAGGUGACGGGGGCUUUAUGGAUUUUUAUCUGGCUACUCUACAGGUACUCGACGAUAAAAACUCGUUGAUAACAUUUA